CCCCACAUGAGGCAGAAGCGGAGCAACUCCAGCUCAAGUCAGUCAGAGGCUUGCCAGUUUGCUGUGCCCUGCGUCAGUAUCCUGACAGAACAUUUAGCAUCCUUUUGACAGAAUUUGAACUGAGAACGCAACCAGAGAUGUCCAACAGAGAUACUGAGGAUGUCAAUGAAGAGGACAUUGAUGAGGAUGAAAUCCUUGCUAUGCUCUCGCCCGAGGAGCUUAAGGAGCUCCAGAGUGAAAUGGAUAUUAUGAUUGCUCCAGAUGAUAGCGUUCCAGUUGGACAGAGGCAGAAGGACCAGACAGAGAAGCCGCCGACUGGAACCUUUGACCACAGAUCCUUGGUCGGCUACCUCUACUGGGAAAAGGAAUCCAAACGUAUGCUUGAGGAAGAAAGAGUGCCGGCUACUCUGCUACCCAGUGAGAAAACAGUGAGGCAGGAGGCCGAAGAGAAAGAAGACGUCAACACUGUGGAAGAUGGGCACGAUGAAGCCCCUGAAGUGAAUGAGGAAGUCAUUGAGGAAAAAGCUAAAGACGGUUCGAGAGAAAGGCAAAUAUUUGAUGAAGCAAUCGAGGGAACCGUGAAGAAGGAAAUCGUCAACAGCGUAAAAGAGGGCAAUGGCCCAGACAAAGAGGUCCAUGAGAAAGACAAAAAGAUGAAUCCAAAUAAACACGAAAAUACGAAGACACUAUCUGACAGCACAGAGGAGGAAGCAGCAGGCCGGAGAGACGGAACGGCAGAAGUUAAAGAGGACAGUAAAACGACGGAGUCUUUGCCUCCUCAAGACUUACUCGCAGAUGCAAAGUCGACGGAGCCCGACGACAAACCCCAGCAGAAAGAGGGGACAAAAAUCAACAAAUUAAAAAUCCCCAAGCUGGCACUGAACAACAUCAAAAUGACAUCUCGACCAUCAGGAAAUGAGACAAACUUGGAGUCGACACUUGAUAAGAUCCGGAACAACAACUCUUCUGUCACUGAGGUCAAUCUCAACAACAUCGAAAACAUUCCCAAAGAGAUGCUCCUGGACUAUGUCAACGCCUUGAAGAAGAACAAACACGUGAAAACGUUCAGCAUCGCAAACACGGGUGUGGAUGAAAACAUUGCGUUCAACUUGGCCAACAUGUUACGCGAGAAUCGCAGCAUCACAACGCUCAACAUCGAGUCCAACUUCAUCACGGGAAAGGGAAUCGUGGCCAUCAUUCGAUGCCUCCAGUUCAACGAGACCCUCGCCGAGCUGCGAUUUCACAAUCAAAGACACAUGCUGGGUCAUCAUGCCGAAAUGGAGAUCUCGCGCCUGCUCAAGGCCAACAACACCCUCCUGAAGUUGGGCUACCAUUUUGAACAGCCAGGGCCGAGGAUGGUGGUGACUAAUCUCUUAACCAGGAAUCUGGACCGCCAGAGGCAACUGAGAAAAGAAGAGCAGAAGCAACAGCAGCUGAAGGAGCAGAGGGAGGUCAUGCAGAUGUACGAGAGCAGUCUCAACCUGCCUCCGGGUUUACUCGAGAUGCUGGGGUACAUACCGCCCCUGGAACUCCUACAGAAACAUGGGCUUGUUGCGCCCCCAAAAGAACUGAAUCGUGUGCCCCCAAAAGAGCUGAAUCGUGUGCCCCCAAAAGAAGAUGGGGGAGAAAGAGAAGAAGAACCCGGGCCCCCAAAGCAGCUCAAGCACAAGAGAAUUCCCAGACAACCAAGUGCCGAGCCCCAAAACCCACUGAGGGACGUCCGGCUGAAGAAAACUCCGAAGAAACGCGACCACUUUCAGGAGCUGGACCGCAGGGAAGCCAGUCGACAAGAGCGAGCAGGUUUCCAACUGAGGAAGGCUCCCAAAGUGAAAGAGUCGGUCACACAAGCGGCGGCGGAUGAAAAAGCAAACCUGAAGGAUGUCAUUAAGACUUUGAAACCGGUCCCUCGCAGGCGAGUGCCACCGAAGGUUGAUCCCACACCCCGUGAUGAGCUCCUCAAUGAGAUCAAGAAGAGUAGCGUGGCCUAUCUUAAAUCUGUGCCACUCCCUAAAGCCCUGGAAUCAAGUGAAACAAGUCUCACCUAAGGCAGUGACUUUUCUUGAUAUGUGUUUGACACCUACUGGAUUUGGGAAAAUGAAGUGUCCACUGAGAAAGAACCACGUGUUCACACACAUAGCGGCUGGCUGUUGUUCACCCAUGUUUCACAAAAGCCAAUAAUGUGUGGUAUGUACAGUUGAAAGCAAUCAUUGGGAAAAAAUGAUGGAAUCAUUUGCUGAUGAUCAAAUGACCAUUCAAGGCUAAUCGCCGAUGUUCCAUAAAACAACUUUUAUUCAAAAUGCCACCCUUCUGGCUUUAAGAAACACUUUAAAAAAUGGUUGCAGUCAGUCACAAUAAUGUUUGGAGCAAGAAGAGGGAAAAGUACAGAAUGGCUCAAAAACAAAUACCUGCAUCAGGUUGAAUCUGCUAUUUAGUCAGCAGUUGAAAACGUGGCGCCGACAUGAGAGAUGUCAGUUGGAACAAAGGAAAUAAUUAUAACAUUUCUCCAAGUAGGUAUUUGUCAAAGCAUCACGACAGAAAACUCACAGCAAAUGCACACCAAUGGUCAAUGACAAGGCUAGAAACAAAACAGAGUAUUGCUGCUGUAGUGUUGUACGUUUUUUUUCUUUUAUUCUCAAUGAUUCAUUAAUUUUGUCCUCAGAAUUGAACGGUUGCAUUUUUUAUUCUACUUGCUCUAAAAAUAUAUGACUGAGUACAACAAUUUUUUUUUAAUUGCUUAAAGGCGGAAGGAUUACAUUUUGAAUAAAACGAUUUUGUGGAACCUGUGAAACUUGUGAUUUUACUUUUUCUGAUCAUCCUCUGGGAGCAGUGAUUCCAUUUUUUUUAAUUUUAUUUUUUUGCCAGGGGUUGUAUAGAAAACACAUGGAUUCUUUUCUUUCUCACUGUCUGACAUUAAACCAGACUAAACUUUUCCUGUUCUGUAUCGUAGUCAAUUAGGAUUACCGAAAUGAUUUCUAUUUGCUAAAAGCCUGAAAAAUGAGAUUAAAAAAAAAAAAAUUCUUUCAUUACUGUCUUCGAAGUCAAAAAUUUACAUACAGUAAAUGAUUCCUGCACCUUUGAACAAUUUGGGACAACACACAUUAUGAUGUCACGUCAUUGAAAGCUUCCGGUGAGAGGCAGCAUCGUGUGAUGGGGGUGUUUGGCAGCAGGAGGGACUGGUGCGCUUCACAAAAAAAAAAGACAUGAGGAAGGAACACUAUGUGGAAAUUCUGAAGCAACAUUUCAACACAUGAGCCAAGAGGUUAAGGAUUGGGCGCAAAUGGGUCUUCCACAAGGACGAUGACCCAGAGCAAACUGGUCCCAAAAUGGCUUCCAGAUAUGCUUUGGUAUGGCCAUAACAAACCCUUGAUCUCAGUCCUAUUGACAAUUUAGGGGCAGACCUGAAAAGGCAUAUG